GUGAGGCAGCAACUAGCAGAUGGUCGCGCGCUUCUUGCUGCGGUUCUUUGACCUCGGUCGCGCAGGUUCUUGCACUUUGGCGGCGCAGCAAGCAGUUUUGUUAUUUUGCGCUCCAGCGUUCGGAUUGGACUUGGAGGGUAGUUUGAGCAACGGAGGAGCCGCGCAUACCUCUUCGCAGAAUGGAAAGCCCAACGCUUCACUGCUGCAAGAGAGCGAGAUACCAGGGGCGCCUUCCCACGGUGAUGCCGGUCCGAGCUCAGCGUCGGGAGAGCUAGCCGCCACGAGCAGAAGUAGAAAAGAUCAGGAUCUCCUCGAUGUCCCAGCAUCGCCACAGGCUGAGCACGUCGCCCUUGGCCAAGACGCCGAGUUCAACUUCUCUUCACCGAGCGACGAAGCAGACGCAGAGGAGGAUGAAAGCGUCAUUGGUGCGGCUCAUGAGGCUGCCUCCAUGUUGGCCCCCGCAGGUGGUGGACGAGAAAAAACGAAGAGCAGUGAGCGAUCAUCUCCUUCGUCUUUCGCGGCGAAGACGACCGGCGCAGCAGCGCUUGCGACUGCUCUGGGAAGUGGCCAGCUUGAUGUUCCACCACCAGAUGGCGAUCAUCCGCCGGAGAGCACCGCCAGCAGUACUCGAUCACUUCUGGAGGAAGAAGGCGAUGUGGUGGCUGAGGCGGAGCGCGCUUCUUUUUCUCGUGCGCCAGAUGGAGCGAUGAAGACCAUGGGGAACGACGACCCUUCCUUCGAGGCGAUGAAGCGAGAGUUGCGUGGUUUGAUGCUGCAAGACUUGAGGCGAGAGUUGAAGGAAGAGGUGAGGAAGGAAAUGGCUGGGCAGGACCUUCAGAACCGGGAGGAGAUCGCGAGGCUUUCCCGGGAGAAUGCGGCGCUGAAAGCAAGAGCGGAGUCUUUUGAGGACGAGACGUGGCGUUCGUUCCAGCGACUUCGCUGGGGCGGGGCCGCUGUGUAUCACAUGCUUCGAUUUCUUCUGUGGGUGUUCAUCGGCACGGCGCGGAGCAACCAGCAGAUCACGUUUGUACUGCUCUCGUUCGGAUACAUAUUCGUCUGGAUUGCUUCCGCCGCGCCGUGGUACUUGGUAAUGUUCGCUAGUGUAGAAACGCGCCGUCGGUACUUUUCGCGGGGCCAAGCAAGUAAUCGCAGUCGCGGGCAAUCCUCCGAAAUUCACCCGGCAGAGGACCACCUGCGCGCCGGGACAGAAGGGACGACGCAGCUGCAGGGAUCCGAGAGUGGAUCGUUGCUUGCGAUUGCUAGUGAAGUUUCUGAUGGUGGUGCUGGAGGAGAGGACGGGACAAACCAGGGGCGUGAGCAGGAACAGCUUCUAGCCAAGCAUGCCGAGUCCGAAGCAGGUGACAAGACGGACGAGGGGCAGGAGGAUUCAGACGACCCGCUUCCAAAUGAUUUCGCGCAGGCUGGGACCCUCUCUUGCGUGUGUCAGCGGCGCGAUUCCGCAGAGGGGCUCAUUUUCACGCUCUGUGUGGUGCUGUACAUGAUGAGCUCCUUGUUAGCGGUGCCUUCAUUCGAGGCCUACCCGGCGUGGUGCAAGUGGCGAGACGUGGAUGCGCUUUUGCAGGGCAACCCGGGGCUCCCGCGCAUGCAAAACUGGAAGGAAGUGUCCGCUCGGGCAGUCUGGCACGUGUUUCCGAUUUUCUGCUUCGUUAGUGUGGCCGUUUUGCCUUCGACCACCGAUGAGGUCGCAAAACUCAAGGUUGCACGCGCAACGCUUCUCACCAUUCUGCAUGGAGUAGGUGCAUUUUUGGGCUCAGUGACGCUCCUGAUCUUCGAAUCGGUGCAACUCUUCUGGGGCGAAAACGUGCCGCUCAGCUACUUGCUCGUGAUUUUUAAUUCGCGGGUGCCUACCAAUUUCGACUUCUGGUCCACUGAUGCGCAAGAUGCCUCUUCGUUCGGCGGUCUGGAUUUUAUGGAGCCCCAUGCCUGGCACGGCGGCUGCAUCGAUUACGAAGCGGAGCCCAUCCCCUGGAAUCGGUGGGCUUACGUGCGUCUGGUAGUGCUGGUCGCCGCUUGGGUGCUGGGGUUUCUCUUCUUGUCUUGUAUGUUUCUGCUUUCUGUCUUGGAUGCACCAGGUGCACCAGCGAAGGAUGUUGUCCGGGGUUUGUCUCUGCUCCGGACACUGAAGGUGCGGCUGCGGACAAAAAAACGGAUGGCCCGGGCGACUUUCAGUUUCGAAAUCCUUUUUAUGUACUGUUUGUUUGCCCUGCCGCUGCUCAGCGCCUACUCUCGCCUCCACGAUCUGAGUUCCGGCUGCUUUCUGCGAGCUAACAACACCUCUUGCACGAAUUGGGUCGACGAGUUUCUUGCCCCCGUCACUUUCCAUCGCAUGCUGGAUUUUGUGCCCCCGGAAAAGCUGUACCUUCGCGGGGAGACGCGGGAAGAGCGAGAAAAGAUGACUCGUUUGUCGUAUUUCGACUUUGCCGCCUGGCCCGCAGCCGCCUUCGAAACAUUCACUGCGAACACGGGCCCAUCUCUUCGCAUUUUUGCGUACCAGGACUUGGCUACGGAGCUAAAAUUGAAUCCGCACAACGCAAAAUUGUUGCAGCAGACGUUUCGUCCCUCGACACGGCCCGGCAAAAAACCCACUCUGUCCACCCUGGUCGACCGUGAAAAAGUGGCCAUCCGCGAAGGCGAAUUCGCUGAGAAGAUGGCCCACUUCGCAAAACUUGAAGAGAUUAAGCGCAGAAAUAACAACGCUGAAACAUAUCGGAAUAUCAACCUGGACGAGGUUCGUUUUCACGGCAGGAGAGGUUUACAGAUGGUGAACAACUCGGCGUGGAACACGACUCGUACAACGGGUGCCGCGCCGCCUGCUCUAACGCCUGCACCGGAGUCAGCAUCUUGAGCUGUUACUUCAGUAUUUCUGCCUCACAAUCCCAAAGAAUGAAAAGACUAGUAGUAAGACACGUUAAAAGAACAGCAACAGCUUCAUCAAGGUCGAAAUCGCGUUAGGCUUGUAAAAACUGUAGUCCGCGUUCGGGCAAUG